GGUCCUGAUUCACGUGCGUCACACAGGCAACACGUUCCGGUGAUACCCAGCAGAGCAACGCAUCUCUUCCCAAAGGCUGCUGGUCGGAGAUUUGUUUUGCCGAGUUUCAAGUCUCCUGUUCGCGCGUCCUGACGUCCACGUCGUUGCGUAGACUUUUCUCCAGAGUUGUCUGCUGGUCCAGCAUGGGGAAAAGAAGCCGACAGCGGCAGAAAAACCAGAAUGCUAGCAGAGACGACAGAGACAACGCUGGCUGGGGAGCAGGCUACGCGGACAUCAUCAAGGAGAACAAGCUGUUUGAGGACUACUACAAGGAACAAGGCCUGAUCCCAGAGGGAGAGUUUGACCAGUUCAUGGAGGCCAUGAGGGAGCCGCUGCCCGCAACCAUCCGCAUCACCGGAUACAAGAGUCACGCUAAGGAGAUCCUCCACUGUCUGAAGGAAAAAUACUUCAAAGAUAUUCAGGAGCUGGAAAUCGACAGCCAGAAGAUUGAAGCCCCACAGCCUCUCAGCUGGUAUCCCGAUGAGCAGGCCUGGCACACCAACAUGAGCAGGAAGCUCAUUAGGAAGUCUCCCCUGCUGGAGAAGUUUCAUCAGUUCCUGGUCAGCGAGACAGAAUCUGGUAACAUCAGCAGACAGGAAGCUGUCAGCAUGAUCCCUCCUCUGCUCCUGAAAAUCGAGUCCCACCACAAGAUCCUGGACAUGUGCGCCGCUCCCGGUUCAAAGACGGCUCAGCUGAUCGAGAUGCUUCACUCCGACAUGGACGUGCCGUUUCCAGAGGGCUUUGUGAUUGCCAACGACGUGGACAACAAGCGCUGCUACCUGCUGGUGCACCAGGCCAAGCGCCUCAACAGUCCGUGCAUCAUGGUGGUGAACCACGACGCCUCCUGCAUCCCCACGCUGCAGAUCGACUCCGGCGGCAUGAAGGACGUCCUGUUCUACGACCGAGUCCUGUGUGACGUUCCCUGCAGCGGAGAUGGAACCAUGAGGAAGAACAUAGACGUGUGGAAGAAAUGGACGACCAGCAACAGCCUGCACCUCCAUGGGUUGCAGCUGCGCAUUGCGGUGCGUGGCGUUGAGCAGCUGGCCGUAGGGGGGAGGAUGGUGUACUCCACCUGUUCGCUCAACCCGAUAGAGGACGAAGCCGUCAUAGCGGCACUGCUGGAGAAGAGUGAAGGAGCGCUGGAGCUGGCUGACGCAUCCGCCGACCUGCCUGGACUCAAGUGGAUGCCCGGGGUUACUUCCUGGAAGCUGAUGACCAAGGAGGGCCAGUGGUUCUCCGAUUGGUCCGAGGUUCCAAGCAGCCGCCACACUCAGAUCCGUCCCACUAUGUUCCCACCCAAAGACCCGGAGAAGCUGGCCGGCUUGCACCUGGAGCGAUGCAUGAGGAUUCUGCCUCAUCACCAGAACACCGGCGGCUUCUUUGUGGCCGUGCUGGUGAAGAAAGCCCCCAUGCCGUGGAACAAAAGACACCCCAAGCUGAGGAAGAGCGCUCCGACCCAAACCGGAGGCUCGCUGGCAGCAGACGUCCCCCGUCUUCUCCCCGAAGGCUCGGCGGAGGAGACGGAGGACGGCGGCCCAGGAGGGAGAGGAGACGGGGAGACGGAAACCGCAGGAGCUCCACUGGCUCAGGAGGCUGCUGGUAAACAAGAUGCUGUGUGUGGACCUCCACCAUCUAAAAAGCUGAGGGUGUUUGGCUAUAAAGAAGACCCGUUUGUGUUCCUGACUGAAGCCGACCCAGUCUUCACCACCAUACAAUCGUUUUACGAUCUGUCUCCUGACUUCCCCAAGCUCAACGUUCUCACCAGGACGCACGAGGGCAAGAAGAGACACCUGUACAUGGUAUCCAAAGAGCUGCGCAACGUUCUGCUCAACAACGGCGAGCGCAUGAAGGUCAUUAACACCGGGGUGAAGGUGUGGUCUCGCAACAGCGACGGAGAGGAGUUUGGCUGUGCCUUCAGGCUGGCUCAGGAGGGUAUCUACACCCUCCAGCCGUACAUUCGCUCCAGGAUAAUCAGAGUGAGUGUGGAGGACAUCAAAGUGCUGCUGACGCAGGAGAACCCCUUCCUCAGCAAGCUGGAAAACGACGCGCACGCUCAGGCCAAGCAAACGGGAAUGGGCAGCAUAGUGUUGAAGUACAUCCCAAACCCGAACGACCCCUCUGAGCCUCAGUGUCCCAUCCAGCUGUGCGGCUGGAGGGGAAAGACGUCCAUCCGAGCCUUCGUCCCCCGCAACGAGCGCUUCCACUACCUGCGGUUGCUGGGCGUGGAGGUGUUCAGAGACAAGCAGAGCCUGGGGCAGAAGAGCAGGGACGGAGCCAAGGAGGCGGCGGCGGCGGGAAAAGGGGGAGAGUUGGAGAACGGCGAUGGAAACGGAUCACUGGAGCCAAAGACCGAGGGUGGGAACAAGGAGCAGCAGCAGCUGAAAGAUACGAAGGGCGCCGUGGCAGACUGACGACUGAUUGGAGAUCUACGUGUCCAACAGAGCGUAACGUGCCUCUGGUCAACCACAAGACCAGCUUCCUCUCAGUUAUGGACUCCUUUGAGAGGUUUUAUUUCAGCUCCUCUUCAGGAGUUAUAUUUUUAGUUCAAUGACUUGUAUUAUUAUUAUUAUUUUUAUUAUUAUUUGUUCUUUUACCGAACAUAAUUCGCUGAUAAAGUGGCUGUCCCCCCCUAUAUUAGAUACCCACCAACUAAUGUAAUCAGAAGUACAAAGGUGAUUAAAAAUGCUGAUAUGGUUCUAUUUAUUUAUUUUUCAUUUACACAAUAAAAACGGGCAUCUGUACAAUUUCUAAUCCUACCAGCCUAAUAAAGAUGAAGUUCCAGCUUUAGGCAAUAUGUCCAGUCUCUGGAAGAAACCGAUCUAGUAACGUUGCCGUUGUCCAAUCAACCUGACGCCAUGGUUUUCAGAUACCUGACUUUGGACUUUACAGGAAUAUUAAAAGCAGUAGAUAUAGGACAGUCUUCUGGAGGCAAAAUUUCACAUUUGUUUAAAUUUUGAUGAACUUGAGAAUUUUGGGAAUUUCAUUCAGGUUAUUUAAGAAGAUAGUUGUGUCAUCAGCUAGCUGACUAAUAGAAAACUAUUCGCCUAGCACCAAUAAUUUACCAAAUUGAGCAUUUUUAAUUGAUAUGGAAAGCAUUUCUGCAGCAGCAAUAAACAGCCAAGGGGAGAUUGGACAACCUUGUUUUAUACCUUGGUUGAUGCUAAAUCUUUUUGAGGUUCCAUGUGGAAGACAAACCGGGGGUUGAAGUAUGGGGUGUUCUCCUGGGCCUGGACCCGUUACCCUGUGACCAGUGGCGCAAAAAGUGGGUAUGCAUAGGAGCGCUGCACUAUAGGGGACACAAAAACGAUGUGGGGAAUUUUUUUUUCUAUUCUGCAUUUUCUGUUACCAGCUGUUUGUUGUGGUAUGAAAUGAUCACUAACAGAGGAACGGCACUGAUUAGGCGCCCCUUCGCUCCUUCACCUCCCCUCCUGUCGCUCUCCCUGUUGGAGGGAUGAAGAAAAGCUUUUCAAAGUGGUUGAAAGACAGUGUCAGUAUAUCAACAGGAGGGUGGUAAAUAUUCAGGUUAGCAGAAGCUAGCUUAAAAUGACAGGUGGCUGUAGUUGUCUUGCAACUGGGGUCGCCACCCGUCCCAUAAAAUACGGAAUCGUCCCGUAUUUCACUGUUAAAUGUUGCGCCCCGUAUUGAACCGCAGUGUUCCCGUUUGGUACAUUGUCUGGAAAACUGUACCUUACCCUCUUGCUGAGUCUUCUCAGAGCUGAUCUUGGACGCUGGCUCUCCUGCUGCUCCUGGUCCUUCUUUUCCCACAACCUUUCCCAAAGCAGAGCAUCUUCGGCCCUCAAACCCAAGUUCUGCCUGUUUAGGUUCUGGAUCUCUAGACAAUCUGCCUCAUGCUGCCUUUGGAGAUUGUCCAGUUCCUCAGAAAGACUCUCCAGCUCUCCGGAUUGCUGAUCCAUAGUCAGCUGGGCCUUCUUCAACUCCAUCCGAAGCUCCUGGAGUUUUCUUCUCAGAGAUUGUUGGACCAUUUCCAAACAAUGCACUGCAUCUCUCAUGUCCGUGUAUUCAUGCUCAUGGACUGUGGGAGAACCACAGUGCUGGUUCUGUUGGACCUCAGUGCAGCUUUUGACUCUGUUGACCAUGACAUAUUACUGAAUCGACUGGAGAGUUGGGUCGGACUCUCCUGCCCAGUGCUCAACCUGUUUGAAUCUUGCAUAAAGAACAGGGAUUUCUUUGUUUCAAUUGGAAACUUCUCAUUGAAGCAGACAAAAGUCACAUGUGGGGUACCCCAAGGUUCAAUCCUAGGACCCCUCUUAUUCAAUAUCUACAUGCUCCCACUAGCUCAGGUUAUAACAGGAAAUACGAUUAGCUACCAUAACUAUGCAGACGAUACUCUGCUCUACACUAUGAUAUCACCAGGGGACUCUGAAACCAUCCAAUCACUGAACAGAUACUUAGAACAGAUAAAUGUGUGGAUGUGCCAAAACUUUCUCCAGCUGAACAGAAACAAAACUGAAGUUAUUAUUUUUGGACCUAAAGAGGAACGACCUUUAAUUAUUUUUGGCCGAUAGAUAAAUUCAGCAUGGGUGGGUGUAACAGGGAGAGAAAUAUGUAUUUAUUUUUAUUUAUUUUGUAUGUAUGUAUUUAUAUAUACAAGAUGAUUGAAUUUCACCCAAAAUAAUAAUAUGUAUUUGUAGUUAGAUUUUUAAUUGCUGCAAAUGUUUAGAGCCCCCUAGUGGUUUGAUGACAUACUGCAUGCAACGGGUCCUUCAGGCGCUAUCUCGCCUUCCCCCACAUCUGCUGAUAUAAUUUAUAGUUUUCCUGUGGUUGGGCUGGAAAAAUGUGACUUUAUGAGUGGGAGCUGCGCCGGUUGGUGUUCGUGGCUGACCACGCAGUCAUGAUGCUAACUGUGUUUUUUUGUUUUGUUUUUUCUGCCUUGAACAGGCUCUUGCAUUCGCAUACUCAAAAAUAAUAACUAUGCUGUUCUCAUACCAGGUUAGGUUCCGGGUGUAAAUGAAUGUAGGUGUAUAGAAUCGUGUUUUGUAGAUGUUGUGACUGGCAUGGCUGUUAACUGUUGUGUCAGAUGUUGGCUGAGUGGAAGGCAGCUGACGUGAAGAUGUCUCCAAUUCUAUACAGUUUGGACCCAUCUAAAGUGUCCAAGCUUUGGCCUUGACUCCAUCUGUUUAACCAUCUCAAGGUUGUUCAAUUCUCUUAGAGUGCGGAUAAAGGGGAACAAAUUUCAAGAAAAAAUAAAAAACUUUCAGCAUCUCA